AACCCCGAAACCAAGUUCCCCCCCGCGACGUCACCUAUGCGUGACGUUGGCGCAGGGCGCCUCCCCCUGACGUCACAGGCGGAAAAUGGCGUCACGAGCAGAAUCGGGCAAACUUAAAAAGGUUUUUUUUUUCCUGUGUAUUUUGAUCUGGAAGUGUUCGCUCCCUAUAUGUAGUUCACUGGCAUGACUUUAGGAGUCGGCAUUCUCGUGGCUCUCUGUUGUACGGAUAAAGAUGCUGUUUCAAAAGAAUCCCAGUGACUUCGAUCUCAACCUCAUUCCAGUCUCCUUAGCCCUGACACAUGCAUCGAACCUCCGCGGCCUGGAGGACACAGGUUUUCAGCCCUUGGUGCCACCACUUAGAAAUGAGGGAAUUGAGAUUUCUUCCCCAAUCUCCGUUUCACUUGGAGACUAAUAUUCACUGCAGUGGCCUCUGUGGGCUUUCAUCAUUUUUCCGUUUUGACCACACAUUUAGUGGUGAUAGAAGCGUGUUCUGUGGUCACGUAAGAGAUUUGAACGCUGGGACCCUGGUCCUCGCAGUGAUGGACUAUUUUUUAAAGGGUAGUCAUGGCUUGUUACACAGCAUGGGGAGAGCAAUGUUUUGUUUUUCUGUCACUGUUCCUGUUGUCCUUAAUUAAGCUGCCUUCAUUUUGGAGGUGUUUAUGCGCAGCUCAGUAACGGUCCCAGGAGAUGGCACUACCAUCACCCAUGGGACUCCAGCAUAUGGUGAAUUCUGUCUGAAUUGGAUUCACAGCGAUUCUUCAAUAAUUCUGACACCAUGUCGUCCGAUGACUUUGAUAUAGUGAUUGAGGCCAUGCUGGAGGCUGCCUAUAAAAAAGAGGAGGAUGAGCAGCAAAGGAAAGAGGUUAAAAAGGACAGCCCUAGCAAUACCGCCAACAACACCAGCAGCACCGACAACAAUGGCAGUGGGACUAGUGCGAGCAGCAGCAGUGGGGAGACAAGCAAGAAGAAGAAGAGUCGGAGCCAUAGUAGAAGCAGGGAUAGAAAGCCCAGUCAUAGCCGAGACCGGGAUCGACAUAGACAGAGAAACAGUCUGAGCCGAAGUCGGGAACGGCAGCAUCGUCAUCGCAGCCGUAGCUGGGAUCAUCAACGUAGUAGUGAGUCACGAAGUUGGGACCGGCGUCGUGAGGAUCGUGUGCGCUACAGGAGUCCCCCACUUGCCACUGGGCGUAGGUAUGGACACAGCAAGAGUCCUCAUUUCAGAGAGAAAAGCCCAGUCAGGGAGCCAGUUGAUAAUCUGAGUCCUGAGGAGCGUGAUGCCCGCACAGUUUUUUGUAUGCAGUUGGCUGCCCGCAUUCGGCCUCGAGACCUGGAGGACUUUUUCUCUGCUGUUGGCAAGGUUCGUGAUGUGCGUAUCAUCUCAGAUCGGAACUCACGUCGUUCUAAGGGCAUUGCCUACGUGGAAUUCUGUGAAAUUCAGUCUGUGCCGCUGGCCAUUGGGCUGACUGGGCAGUGGCUGCUCGGGGUACCUAUCAUUGUGCAGGCCUCACAGGCUGAGAAAAACCGACUGGCAGCCAUGGCCAACAACCUGCAGAAAGGCAGUGGUGGGCCAAUGCGCCUCUAUGUGGGCUCCCUGCACUUCAACAUCACCGAGGACAUGCUCCGGGGCAUUUUCGAGCCCUUUGGCAAAAUUGAUGAUAUCCUCCUGACCAAGGAUUCAGAUACAGGCCACUCUAAAGGUUAUGGUUUCAUUACGUUCUCUGACUCCGAGUGUGCGCGGCGGGCUCUGGAACAGUUAAAUGGCUUUGAGCUUGCUGGUCGACCUAUGAGGGUUGGCCACGCGACUGAACGACCAGAUGGUGGCACCGACAUCACUUUUCCUGAUGGAGACCGGGAGCUGGAUCUGGGAUCAGCAGGUGGACGUUUGCAGCUCAUGGCCAAACUGGCAGAAGGCUCUGGAAUCCAGCUGCCAACUACAGCUGCUGCUGCUGCUGCUGCUGCUGCCGCUGCCGCUGCCGCUGCCGCCCUGCAACUGAAUGGAGCGGUUCCCUUAGGGGCCCUGAACCCAGCAGCUCUGACGGCUCUGAGUCCAGCCCUGAACCUUGCCUCCCAGGCAGUUGCCUCACAGUGCUUACAGCUCUCCAGCCUCUUUACCCCCAAGACCAUGUAAAUCAGUGGCCCAGUACAGUGCCUCCCUAGGCCUUUGGGCCCUACCACUCCAUGUCCCCUUCCACAGCCCCUUUUCUCCAUUUUGUGGACCAAGCUAUCCUGAGGGCAUGGACAUUGACUGGGGCGAUUAAGACUACCCUUGGACACCAAGAAGAGCUCCUGCCUGUGGCUUCACUGGAAAUGGACUCCGCCGAGCAAAGACCCCAGCCUAAGAGGGCAGAAUCGACACUUACAUUGAAUACGUGUCUCUCUGUGUAUUGUGUGGAUGACCUUCAUUGCCCUUUCCAACCAUCUCUUAGUGAUUCCUCGAUUCCUCCACCUUUGGGAAGUCUACAGGGUAUCAGUGGAGGAAAUUGACCCCUUUUUCCUCCAUGUUUGCUCUACAGUCUGUCAGAGAAAACUCUUAGGACCUCUGGGUUGAGAGGACUUUGGAAUUUUGGGGGGGUGUACCUUGAAGGUGCUGGCUUGCUGCUACAAGGGCCCUGGAAGAUGACAUGGACAUGUGCAUUGUGAAACAUCCCCUUCAUAUAGUUCUUCCUCCCAGGGCCUCCCUUUGGCCCAGGGUGGGAGGAUGGAGGGGAGGGCUGUACUCUCCACCACUCCCUGUGUGCCUCUGCCACAGGCUGCACCCUGGCUGCUAAAGCCACUCCUGACCCCUACCUGGGCACAUGGGAGUCCUUCUCACUGGAUUUUAUAUCUUUGUGUCUGUGUACAUAAAUAUAUAUGUAUACAUAAAAACUUUGUACAAAAGGCAGCUCGUGUGUCAUGGUGCCUGCUGCCCACGUGUGUGAUCUCAGUCAGUUGAUGUGCCUGAUUUUAACUACUCAUGAGCCAAAACUACAAAUGAUGCCAGGGAUAUAAAACAUUUGUAAUACCA